CCCCGCGACAGACCAACACCCAAACGCGAACAGUAUGGAUUCUCUAAGAGUGUUAUAUGUGUUCCUGAUGUUCAAGAGUGUUAUUGCGUUCCUUGAUGUAUCCUGGAGUGUUACCCCGUGUCUUGUCAUAUCCCUGAGCAGUAUUGUGUAACGUGGUACAGAAAAUAAAGGGUGUCAUUCUUAGCAGGAGUUUAUAUUAGCUCUUUCUCACGGGGUUACUGACGAGGGUGAAAUUCCUGCGUUCGAAAAGUUACUGUGGAUACCAAAAACAGGCCAAGAUGCGUGACCAGUGGGCGUUGACGAAGUGCUGUUGCUGCUUUGACCUGAGUACUGGUGCCCUCUUCAUUGGUCUCCUAUGGAUGAUAACCCGAUGCCUCGAAAUAUCCAUCCGGUUCACUCUGCUAAAGUUCGAUAAAGUAAACGACUGGCAGCUAGCAUUAUGUAUCCCUAUGUUCAUCAGUGUUGUGUCUUGCAUCAGUCUCGUCGUUGGUGUCAUAAAGGAGCGGCCAGCAUGGAUGACGCCGUGGUUGGUGAUAGAGUGUUUUACAUUGCUCCUCAAGAUUUACUCGAUGGUCAUGGCCUUCGUUGAUGCCGACACUCUCUUCGGUUUGGCCUGCGUUGCGGAUAUGAUUCUGUGUUCCUACUUUAUAUUCGCUGUGCUAUCUUAUUCUAUCAAGUUGAAAGAAUCGACUGUAGUCACACCGACCAAGCCUGAAGAAGGAGCAUUUGAGCUUGGCGAAAAGGUAUGGAAUUCGGGGAAGUUGUCUAGAGUGAAUCGGAGACUUUCUGUGUAAUCGCAAGCAGUGUGUGGUUAUUAAUCGUACCCGUGACAAGCGUGGUACCACAGGGCAGUGUAUUGGGCCCAUUGAUGUUUGUUUGUUUCAUAAAUGACAUGCCAAAAGCUAUACACUCCCCCAUACAAAUGUUUGCAGAUAUGCCAAGUUAAUUAGGGAAAUUAAGAACCAAAUAGGUUGUGAAGAGCCGCAAAAAGAUCUCUGUGAGUUUCAGGAGUGGUCGACGAAAUGGCUGCUAAGAUUCAAUGUCACGAGGUGUAAGAGGACGCACUUGGGACGUACCAACGGUAAGGAGGCGUAUCAUAUGUCCCAACGGGACGAUGAAACUGCAUGAAUAGUGACCGAAUGCGAAAAGGACCUGGGUGUGUAUAAAUGGGCCGAAGUUCUCGGGCCAUUGUGAGAAGGUGAAUCAAGCCAUUCUCUUUUGUCGGAUCACCAG